GUCCAAAAUUAUUUUGAGUUAAAAAUGUGGGUAUGCAUUUCCGAUGUCUUUGAGUUGAAAAUAAUUAUUGAAAAGAUAAUAGGUAAUGCACCUGGAAAUCUGGAAAUGGAUGAAUUGCAAAGGCAACUUCGUCAAAAAAUUGAUCAAAAAAAAUACUUACUAGUAUUGGAUGAUGUAUGGAAUGAAGACCGUAGAAAAUGGUUCGACUUGAGAGAUAUUUUAAUGGGUGGUUCAAAAGGAAGUAAGAUUAUAAUAACUACUCGUAGUAAAUUGGUUGCAAAGAUUACACACACGGUUUCACCAUAUAAUCUCGAAGGUCUCUCCGAAGAACGAUCGUGGACGUUAUUUGAGCAAGUGGCAUUUAGUGAAGGGCAAGUCACCAAUAAUCCUGCAUUAGUUAAAAUUGGAAGGGAGAUUGUAAAAAUAUGUCAAGGGGUACCCCUUGCCAUAAUGUCCAUAGGACAUGUGUUAUAUUGUAAGGAAACAGAAUCUGAAUGGUUACUCGUGAAGAAUAAUUUACUAGCAAAUGUAAUUGAAGGAAAUGAGAUUUUUCCAAUUUUAAAGUUGAGUUAUGAUAAUCUCCCAUCACAUUUAAAGAGUUGUUUUGCUUAUUGCUCUUUGUUUCCCAAAGAUUAUGAGAUGAAUAAGGAAACAGUGAUACAACUAUGGAUAGCACAAGGGUUUGUCCAAUCAUCAAACAAAAACCAACAAUUAGAGGAUAUUGGUGAUGAGUAUUUCAAGGAUUUACUUUGGAGGUCCUUCUUUGAAGAAGUAGAGAAUUACAAAGGCUUAAGAUACAAGAUGCAUGAUUUAAUUCAUGAUCUUGCACAAGCUAUUGCAGGCGAGGAGUGCAAGCUUGUUAGUUUUGAUGGCAAAGAUAUUAAUGAAAAAAAUCGUCAUGUAUCAUGUCCAUUUUAUAUUUACUCAUCUUCUAUGGAAACCUUAAGCUUGUUGGUUAAAGCAAUCAAGGUACGUACAUUUCUUCUUACACAUAAUGACCGAUUUUCUGGAGCCUUGGAGGAGUCAAUGUUGAAUACAAUUAUUUUGAGUUUCAAGAGCUUGCGUGCAUUAGAUUUACAUGCAUUGAAGAUUACAUCAAUACCAAAUUCUAUAGGGAAGUUAAUACAUCUAAAGUAUCUUGAUGUUUCUUUUAAUAAGGAUAUUAAAACUCUCCCUGACUCAAUUACUACAUUGCUGAAUUUGCAAGUACUAAAACUUUAUGAUUGUAAAGGUCUUAAAGAAUUACCCAAAAACUUUAGAAACUUGGUUAACCUCAAACAUCUUUAUAAUCAUGGUUGUGAUAAUUUGAGUCAUAUGCCAUGUGGAUUAGGGCAAAUGACUUCACUUCAAACAUUACCAAUAUUCAUUGUGAGCACCUCCUCCGGCACUGGUGGAUUAGGCGAAUUGAAGGACCUAAAAAACCUGCGAGGAACAUUAGAGAUCUCACAUUUGGAGCGGUUGGAAGAAACUAACUCAGAAUCCAUUGUUGUGAAUUUAAGGGAGAAGCAACAUCUUGAAAAAUUGAUAUUAAAAUGGGAUCAUCAAGAUCAAGUAGAUAAUAAUGAAGAUGUGAAGUUAUUAGAAGACCCCCAACCACACGAAAAUCUCAAAUAUUUGGAAGUGUAUCAGUAUAAGGGUGUGAAAUUUUCAAGUUGGAUCUCUUCUCUCAUAAAUCUUGUUGAUUUAAGGAUAGAGAGUUGUAAGAGAUGCCGAUAUCUGCCACCAUUGUCUCAUCUCCCCUCUUUAAAAUAUCUAAGGCUUGACACGAUGAAUGAUUUGGAGUACAUAUCCGAUAACGAUAUGAGUAAAGAGGUGCCUGCUUCGUCCACAACAUUAUCAACACCAUUCUUCCCAUCUUUAAAGUCACUCACAAUAGAGGCAUGUCCUAAUUUGAAGGGAUGGUGGGGGAGAACAGGGAGGGAUUUAGUUGCAACAACGUCCGCAUCAACACCAGAUCAUCAACAAGAUCAGUCUCACAACUCACUGCCUUUAUUUCCUCUUCUUUCUUCUUUGCAGAUUAGUAAUUGCCCUAAAAUGACUUCCAUGCCCCUGUUUCCCAAUCUCGAAGAAGAGCUAUAUUUAGAGAAUGUCAGUUUGAAGCCUUUGCAAGAGACAAUGUCAAUGACUUUUUUAGUUCCCUCUUCCUCCUCUUCAUUGUCCUCUUCUCUCAUAAAUCUUGUUGAUUUAAGUAUAAAGAGUUGUAAGAGAUGCCGAUAUCUGCCACCAUUGUCUCAUCUCCCCUCUUUAAAAUCUCUAAGCCUUGAUACGAUGAAUGAUUUGGAGUACAUAUCCGAUAAUGAUAUGAGUAAAGAGGUGCCUGCUUCAUCCACAACAUUAUCAACAACGUUCUUCCCAUCUUUAAAGUCACUCACAAUAGAGGAAUGUCCUAAUUUGAAGGGAUGGUGGGGGAGAACAGGGAGGGAUUUAGUUGCAACAACAUCCGCAUCAACACCAGAUCAUCAACAAGAUCAGUCUCACAACUCACUGCCUUUAUUUCCGCUUCUUUCUUCUUUGCGGAUUCGUAAUUGCCCUGAAAUGACUUCCAUGCCCCUGUUUCCCAAUCUCGAAGAAUCUCUAUAUUUAAGCAAGGUCAGUUUCAAGCCUUUGCAAGAGACAAUGUCAGUUUCCUCCUCUUCAUUAUCCUCUUCUUCUCCUCUCUCCAAAUUAAAUCAUAUGAUUUUGGAUUCUAUAGAAGAUAUAGAGUCUCUUCCGGCUGAGUGGGCACUACAUUCUCUCAAAGAACUAGGAAUUGGGAAUUGCCCUAGACUAACAUCUAUGUCUGGAGCGGUGCGUAAUCUCACCUCCCUCUGUUGGCUAUCAAUUGGCAAUUGCGAGGAGUUCGAUCCAUUCAGAGACAUGCAUGAUGAUGGCAUGGAAUGGCGAUGGCUCAAUUGUCUCCGUCAUUUACGUUUUUAUAGAAUUCCGAAACUGAAGUCUCUCCCUGUGGGUCUUCAAUGUAUUUCCACCCUAAAACAGCUCCGCAUUGAUAACUGUCCAAAUUUAAUGACUUUGCCGGAACUCACCUCACUUGAAUAUCUUGGGAUUGAAAGAUGCGAGCCUAAUCUGACGUCACUUCUUCAGAUUAGUUGUCUCACUUCUUUACGGUCGCUGAAUAUUGAAGACUUUCCCAAUUUGAUUACUUUCCCCGAAUCAAUUAGGAAUCUAAUCUCACUUGAAAAGCUUACCAUUGACAACUGUCCCAAUCUCACAACACUACCCGAUGAUGGUUUUCUCAAGUCUUUACAAAAACUAGAAAUUUGGGAGUGUCCUCAGUUAGCUGAAAAAUACAAAAAUAAAAUCGAAAAGGAUUUCCCUAAUUUGGAAAUCAAAUGGAACCGGUGUUGAGACCAUACCAGCAAACAGCUCUACUUCGUCUUCUGCAACGGCCACUCCCCUCUUUCACUUGGUUUAGUGAAUUUAUCAGUUAUUGAAAUCUGCAUGUAGGAACUUUGAAUUUGGAAACAAACAGUUUUUAGUGAAUUUACUGCAACUACAAGAAGAUAAUGCGAGGUUCACUAGGUUUUGGUGAAGAAGCAUUACAAUCUCUUCCAGGGAAAGUUGGGCACUAGGAUGUAAAUGAUCUACUCACAGCUAUAGAUCAUGUCAUUGACAAGGGACUCGUUGACAACCCACUUGAUUGGUCAGGCACCAGAAAAGUUUGUUGUUGCUGCUGUGAGGAAUCCUGUUUGUAAUUUUGCAUUGAUGGUUGCAUUUGGAUGAACUGUAGCUUGGUGUUAGCAACAGGAUUACUACCUAUCUUCAGAUAAAGUAAAAUUUCAGGGUGGCCAGUUCUUGGACUUUUCAGCCACCCUCAGUGAAAACCUAAGCUAACUUUUAUCCUAGUGUAAUUUUUUCAAUAACAAAACAAACUUGUGAUGAUUUUUUUUUUCUUUUUUUCUAAUGUGUUUCAAAUUGUAACUCUAUUACCUAUAUAGUAUAUACAUAACAGUACUUUAAUUACAAGAACUAUCAUGAGAAAUAUUUUAUAGGGAUAAGCAUCUAGCAAAUGCCAAUUACCUAGAAGAAUCAGAUAAUCUGAAGAAAUUUCUUUGGUAAUCUGAUGAUGGGAUUUUUUGCUUGGAUAGUUUCAGGAUUUGAGAAGCUGAUGUAGCUAAGUUCUUCAUGUUGGAGAUGGAGUAUUUGAGGCAUAGAUCAUCUAAAUGACAAGCAAGCUCUACAACGUCUCACAGAGACUGCUGAGAAAGCAAAGAUGGAGCUGUCAUCUCUGACUCGG